CAUUGAGGAGCACAUGUGUGUUCUACUGCUUCCAUCACCCUUUCCCUUCUCUUCCUUGCACUCUUGGUUUAUGAAAACAUAUUCAUGGGAUUUAUAACUUCACUGUGCAACAUAAUCAGAAAGGAUGAUGCCGACGUUGAACCCGCACAUACCAGUACCACGACCUUCCUAUUCCCAGGCCAGAGAGAACCUGGUGAAGGCUAUCCCACCCAGACUCCUGUGUCUGCUUGCUUGUGGAGGAGUAGACUGUCGCUAUGAAGGACCAGAGUGCUGGAAGUUAAACCAACAGGUUAUUCGAGGCCUUUUCUCCUCCUGGGUGACAGAUGACGUAGUUGCCAUGGCACGACCAUCCAAUCAUUUAAUUGAGAAGUACAACAUCAUAGAUCAGUUUCGAAGGCUGAACAUCAGAUCGAUCAUCAACAUGCAGUUCCCAGGAGAGCACGCUCACUGUGGACCUCCCCUAGACUCUGAAAGUGGAUUUACUUACUCUCCACAGAUCUUCAUGGACAAUGACAUUUACUUUUACAACUUUGCGAUGCCGGAUUUUGGUGUGUCCUCUCUCGUUGGCAUAAUUGAUGGGGUGAAGGUUUUGGCCUUUGCAGUGAGGGAAGGAAGAGUGGCUGUGCACUGCCAUGCAGGCUUGGGCAGGACAGGCGUGCUGAUAGCCUGUUACUUGAUCUACACCCUGCGCAUUAGCCCAAGUGAGGCCGUCCACUACGUGCGGAUUAAACGGCCUCGCUCUAUCCAAACCCGGGCACAGAUCAGCCAGGUGUUUGACUUUGCUCGUUUGCUUGGUACACAGCUGGUCCAAUACCCCGACCUCAGCCUGCGGCAUGGAGCCCCUUUCACCCUGCAGCACUAUCUAAACCGUCAGGCUCUACUGCUGCAUGGCCAGGAGGCACGCACCCUCAGACAAACACCAAAGGUGGUGUACCUCCUGUGUGUGCGUAUUUCCUGCUUAGCCCUGGGUCUCCCUGCUCCACCCGAGGUCCAUGCUGAGCUGGAAAAGAGGUCAGCACUGAGGACCCUGAGCAGGACUGUGAGGGAGACUCUGGUGGCCAAACAGUACUUGCCCUUGCUAAGGGAGGGCCAUAAGGGCUCAUGGGUGGGCUCAGGGUCCGUGUUCUCCUGGGAUGAGCCGCUGGGAUUCUUGGAGAGGAAGAGAGAGGUCCUGCUGGACAAACGCAGCUACAGUGACUCUGACCUCAGCAAGAUCACAGUAAAUGAGGAUCUGGAGCCGAGUCCACACUGCACCCCAGCUUUUGGAAAUGAGAGACACUGGUGUGUGGAGGAUCUCAUACGACCUGAUCUGAGACCAGUUAGUCCGAUCUUUGCCACACUUUCACAAGGUCGUAAGACCUCCAAAAAGGAGUCACAUACACUUAACAUCCCGGUUUCCAGCAUGAAAACAAGCAACAACUGUGAUAAGAGUUUGAAAUGUGCAGCGAAAAAGGUGCUUCCCAAAUACAGCUCCAACAUUGAGUUGUGCAGAAAUCCAGAUAAUUCAUGCCCGACCUCAGGGGCCCGUGCUGUUGCUAAGGCAAUGGCAGAACAAGGUCCUCCAGGAGAAACCAUACUGCAAAGGUCGGCUCUGCUGCAGGAGGAGCUGAACAGUAGUGACUGUGGAUGGGCUCUGAUGGUCACUGAGUCAGAUCCUCAUGUUCUCAGUUGUCUUUUGUGGACCUGGCUGGAGAAGUUAAGGGAGCCUGUUCUGAGUGCAGAGGAUGUAGACAGGUUGUGUAUUGGAGCAAAAAACAGGAAGCCUCUAAGUGUGCUCAAGAAGCCACAGAAACACACCAUCUAUUGUCUGUUGAGCUGUGUGGGUACAGUGACCAGCCUGUGUCCACACAGAGAGGAUGCAGUGCUACAACGGCUGAUUCGAGCACUUACAAGGCGCCCCCAAGAGGAAAUGGGAAACCUUGCAACUUUGAUGAAGCUCCUGAAGUCCAGUUUGAGAGAAACUUUCCACAACUGCAGAUACCUCAUGAGGGCCUGCAGCACCAAUGCUACACUAUGAAGAAAAAUCCAUAUUAGAACAACAAUUUUCACAGCAGUUUUCAUUUGAAAAAAGUCAGUAUUUCAUCCAGGACACCUGAUUGUGGACAAAGUCAGGAGGUGUAAUUUUCAUGAUCGACAUUUUUGACAUGUCACAGGAAAAGCUCAGGUGUAAAGAUGAAUUAUAUUUAGCUGCUUCAGUUUCAGGCUGCUGGUCACUGUCACACUGCCAUGACCCACUGGGAACCUGAGAACAGAACAGAGCCAAGAUCAAUGUUAAUAGAAAUACCUUAGUAAGAUGUUUCCUAUUGUAACAGGUUAACAUGUCUGCUGUGAAAAGGCUGAUUAGGACCAGUCUCAACCUUUUUGCAGCCCUAGGUGAGGGAAUCCCCAUAUGCAUCUUACUGUUACCACCUAAUUAAAUCUUCCUAUUUACAAAAUGAACACACAACAAGAACACAGUGGAUUUAGAUUCAAAACCAGCUGGCUUUAUAUUUUUAGAUACAUCAAAUAAAUAGCUAACUUUGCUAAAAUGUAAAUAAUGAUAAAUAAUAAUUACUAUGAUAUAAUAACGAUAAUUAUAAUAUGAAUUCCUCUCUCUGGUAUGCUGGUGACAGUCAGGGCCAGAAGCAUAAAUCAUGAUCAAUCAAUCAUCAUCAGUUGCUCAUAUUUUGACAUACUAAACCACUCAUAAGGCUCAAUGCAUGCAUGAAAAUGUAAUGGAGCAUAAGAUGACUGUUCAUUUCAAGCAGAUACAAAGUUUUUUCAUUAAAUCUUGGCUAAUUGGCUGAGAAUUUCUUUUUACAUUCAUAUAAUUUUGAGCAUUCAUUGCCCUUAAUGAACAAUAGGUACAAAUAUUAAACUUGUGUGUUUACAGAUUAAGACUCUCAGAUCCAACCCUCUCAUAUUUGAACAUGAAUAUAUCCUUGAAACCACAAUCAAACAGCCUAUGAGCUAUGAAAAAAAGAAAGAAGAAAAAGAAAAAAAAAAUCAGGUGGAUGCAAAUGUUGGGACCCUUGGCCUAAUUCACCUAUGCCAUGAGGCACUUCUGCAUAUUGUCAUGGAACAGUUGUUAAACGUGAGAUAAAGCCCCCAAAUUAGAAUUUGAGACACAAUACAAUGCUUUAUUGUAAUGUAUAUUGUUGAAUGUCUACUUUAAAUAGUAUGUAAUCUACUGUACCUUAGUACAAUCAGAUUAAAUCUAACCAAACUGUCACAGUGGGACCCUCUGGCCUGUUACAGCCUUUUAUACCUAAUAAA